UGACGAUUAUCAUCAUUGCCUGAACCGGUGCAGGACUAUCUUCUAUGGCGAAUAGGCUUCCACUACAGUAUCUGAGUUUGUGUGGAAUUCUGCUCUAUCUUACACGUGGAGAUGAAGUGAUUUCCAUCAGUAAGCAUCUGAAGGAGAAUGUUACGCUGCACUGUAACACAUCUGGCAGGAUGGUAACAAGAAUCAGAUGGCUAAAGGAUGGAAACGAGAGGUUUACAUAUAGCUCAGUAGUGAACAGAACCAUAACAAGCUUCACUUCAAAAAGGAUAAGUGUUGAUCCUACUACUAUGAUGCUGCAUAUAUCUGAUGUGCAAGUAUCUGAUGAGGGAAUAUACAUGUGUGAGGUAUCAAGCAAUUCAGGACCCAUGAGGACAAGAACAUGGAACAUAACCAUUCUUCAACUUCAACCAACUCCAGUCUCACCAGGUCCAUCCCAACUACAUCAUCCCAUGAUCUACAUCAGUACUGCUGCCAUAUCAGGGACCAUCAUUAUCAUCAUCUGUAGCAUAUUAUGUAUUUACAGGAUAAGGAAAAGGAAAAACAGUUCUGGGGGGCAGGAAUCAAGACCAAACGGAUCAAGAGAAGGGCAGGAUAUUGACAUAUCACAACAAAGGCAAGGCCACAGGAUAAGCAGACAGAGCAGCCAGUAUUUUGAGAGAUACAACUCUGUAUAUGGUAUUAUGACCUAGGGGUAAGGCCACAACAAAAGAGUUGAGAGGUUGGAUUUUAACUAAAAUAUGGAUUUAUUAACCAAAUCAAAUAAACGAAUAGCAAACAAACAACAAAGAGUGUGAGAUGGGUCCAAGUCAGUUGUCAGUAAUGUAUAGAUGUUGUGUGUUUGCAAUGUGUCUGAGUGCUGUGUUGCAUGUCCAAAACCCAAUGUCAAAAUGGCCCUCCCAAGGGGAGACGAAGCAGACUUCUUAUCUGCACACCUCAGGUGCAGCCCAUCAGCUCGUUAGGUUGUGAGCACACAUGCAAUCAAAUAGAGAGCACAAACGAGCAAAAGGCCCAACAGACCAUCACAAUUGACAGUUCUGAAGUAUGUCUUUUUAAAAAAUAUAUGUAUAUGUAUAUAUAUACAGUAUUAUAUCACAUUUAGCUGACACUGUAGUCCAAAGUGACUUUCAUAUGUCAAUUGUAUUACAAGGGAUUACAUUGUCCGUUGAAGAACUUGGGGUUGAGUGUGUUUUUUCAAGGGCACAAUGGAAGCCGGGAAUUGACCCCACAACUUUAAGGCUACUGCACACAAGCCCAGCUCCUUAGACACUAUACACUGUGAGUGUGACGGACAAACAUGGUCAUGAAGCUAGAUGUUUUCUCUCACUAUAUAGAAAUUAAUCGAAACAGAAGACUUUAGCCACACACAAGUUUGUGGAAUUGAGCAGAGAACUGAAAAGUGGUGUUGAAGUACCUACACCUACAGUGCUGCAUCACCAAAGACAGAUAAUUGAAGACAAACUUCACAAUAAGUUAGCUCAAUGGACUUGCAUUGUUCAAAUCAGAAUAUCUGUUUUAGACAAAUUUGAAUAAGCUGUAGUGAUGUCAUCUAAUGAGCAACAUGACUUCUAUUCAAAUUUGAAUACUCCAUGCUGUAGAAUGACGACAGCGUAGCACUAUGUUGAUCCACCUCUUCACAGAGCCACAAAGUUGUAUGCCAAAGUGACUGAGGCUAAAGGCGGCAAGCAUGCUAUCAUUCAAUCAGACUGCCAAGUUUGACUACCACCUAUUCAGGCCUGUGAUAGGGUAUAAAAAUGCUAAGGCUAGUAGUUGUGAUAUAAAUUCUGUGCUGUCACUGCUGCCCUUGCAUUGCUCUGGGGAGACUGGCCCUGUAAUAAUUGCUGUUUGUAAGUUACUUUGGUUGAAAGUGUUAGCCAAAUUAAUAAAUAAUGGGAAAAGAAACUCUUCAGGCACAAUAUUAUUAUAGUAUUAUUAUAUAAUUGUGAUGUUAUUACAGUUGAUGUUAGCAUGCUAGCAUAUUUAUUGACAUUACACCAAAACUGUUCCUCUUAAUGCAAUUAUAUUUUAAUUUAUUUUUAGUGAUCUAAAUGAACAUUCUUGUAUAUUGCACAUUUAUGCUAUUAAGUAAGCUUACCAUACAGUAUGCUACAAUAAAA